UGAACCAUCCGUGUGAGACGAGGGAAGAUAAUCUUCCUCGGGAACUUUUUCAAGCAUAAAAGAUCGCUAGACAGACAGUUCCUUUUUCUAGAAAUGGGACUUCACCGUCGUUUUUGACGUUAUAUUGUUCCUCAUUAGAAAAAGGCUUUCUAUCUCUAUUCCUUCAAGCCAGGAGGGUUUUAACCCAGUUUCUCUGGUUUGGUUUGUUUUGCCGUCACAAUUGUCCCGUCAGGGUGCCCGUCCCGUUUACGCACGCGCAGUGGCUUAAUCCCUGACCCUCUCCGGGCGGGUGCGAAAUGGCGGUGACAGCGGUGGCUUCGUGGGGGCUGCGGCACUUGAAAGUGCUCCGCGCGCAGGGGCCAGCAGCUUGCCAGGCACUCUCUCGUAACUUUCACUUCACAGUUUAUGGAAAGAAAAAUGUAUCUGCUAAAGUAUCUGAUUCAAUUUCAACACAGUAUCCUGUAGUGGACCAUGAAUUUGAUGCAGUUGUAGUAGGAGCAGGUGGUGCCGGUUUGCGAGCUGCAUUUGGCUUGUCUGAGGCUGGUUUUAAUACAGCAUGUGUUACAAAAUUGUUCCCUACCAGAUCCCAUACUGUUGCUGCACAGGGAGGAAUCAAUGCUGCUUUGGGGAAUAUGGAAGAGGAUAACUGGAGAUGGCAUUUCUAUGAUACUGUGAAAGGUUCUGAUUGGCUGGGAGACCAGGAUGCCAUUCAUUACAUGACAGAGCAGGCCCCUGCUUCAGUUAUUGAGCUGGAGAAUUAUGGUAUGCCAUUUAGCAGGACAGAAGAUGGGAAGAUCUAUCAGCGUGCCUUUGGAGGACAGAGCCUUAGGUUUGGGAAAGGGGGACAGGCUCAUCGAUGCUGUUGUGUGGCUGACAGGACAGGCCACUCUCUGCUACAUACACUCUACGGUCGGUCUCUUAGAUACGACACCAGUUACUUUGUGGAAUAUUUUGCUCUAGACCUCCUUAUGGAGAAUGGAGAAUGUCGUGGUGUUAUUGCACUUUGUAUAGAAGAUGGAACCAUACAUCGCUUAAGAGCAAAAAAUACAGUUAUUGCUACUGGAGGGUAUGGGCGCACGUAUUUCAGCUGUACAUCUGCUCACACCUGCACUGGAGAUGGCACAGCAAUGGUCACACGGGCCGGCCUGCCUUGUCAGGAUUUGGAGUUUGUGCAGUUCCAUCCCACAGGUAUUUAUGGAGCUGGCUGCCUUAUUACCGAAGGCUGCCGUGGUGAAGGAGGCAUUCUAAUUAACAGUGAAGGUGAAAGGUUUAUGGAGAGAUACGCACCAGUUGCCAAAGAUCUAGCUUCAAGGGACGUUGUGUCUCGUUCUAUGACUAUUGAGAUCCGGGAAGGAAGAGGAUGUGGGCCUGACAAAGAUCACGUGUACUUGCAGCUGCACCAUUUGCCACCUCAGCAGUUAGCAAUGCGUCUUCCUGGGAUUUCAGAAACUGCUAUGAUAUUUGCUGGUGUGGAUGUUACCAAAGAACCUAUUCCUGUUCUACCCACUGUCCAUUACAAUAUGGGAGGCAUCCCUACAAACUACAAAGGACAGGUGAUUACCCACAUAAAUGGCAAAGAUCAGAUAGUACCUGGUCUGUACGCUUGUGGUGAAGCAGCCUCUGCUUCUGUUCAUGGUGCUAAUCGUCUUGGAGCAAACUCGCUCUUGGAUUUGGUGGUCUUCGGUCGUGCGUGUGCUCUUAGUAUUGCAGAAUCCUGCAAACCUGGACAAUCAGUUCCAUCAAUAAAACCAAAUGCGGGUGAAGAAUCUGUAGCAAAUCUUGAUAAACUGCGCUUUGCCAAUGGAAGCAUAAGGACAUCAGAACUCAGGCUUAAUAUGCAAAAGACAAUGCAAAGUCAUGCUGCAGUGUUCCGUACAGGCCCUAUCCUACAGGAAGGUUGUGAGAAAAUUAGCAGUCUCUAUAGCAAUUUGGAUGAUUUGAAGACAUUUGACAGAGGUGUUGUCUGGAAUACUGACUUGGUGGAGACUUUGGAACUACAAAACCUAAUGUUCUGUGCUUUACAAACUAUUUAUGGGGCAGAAGCUCGGAAAGAGUCACGUGGUGCUCAUGCUAGGGAGGAUUAUAAGGUAAGGAUUGAUGAAUACGACUAUUCUAAACCAAUCCAAGGACAACAGAAGAAACCAUUUGAACAGCACUGGAGAAAGCAUACCCUUUCUUACGUAGAUGUCAAGACUGGGAAGGUUACUCUGGAAUACAGACCUGUAAUUGACAAAACCUUGAAUGAAGAAGACUGUGCUGCAGUUCCACCAGCUAUUCGUUCAUAUUAGUGACUGUAAUUCAAUUUAUUGUGUCGUCCGUAAAUUUCUUGGUACAGAUGUAAACAUCAUACAGCUUAUUUUUAGACAGCUGUUAUUCAUGGUAGUGGAUGAAGACAAUACAUUUCUCUGAGAGACUUUUCCACUGCAGCAGAAUCCAGGAAGCUUUGUAUUUUGGCCCAGUGUUUCAUGUGUGAUAUGCUACAAAAUAAUCUCAAAGUGUCUCUGCUUGAGUUUAUAGGUUUCUCUCAGCACUUGGAGCUCUGCAAACAAUUUGUAUGUAUUAUGUUUAUUUUAUCUAUGGAGCUUUGUAUUGAUUUGUUGGAGCUGAAAUAUUAAACGGUAAAUGCAGUAUGGUGGUUGAAAAUUAGUUUUUUUCUAGUUAAGAGAAACAGUAGUAUUUAGGGAAUAUUCCAACAGAGUGGAAAGUGCUUUUAUCCAAUGAUAUGAAAGGGUUUAAGGCACUUAACUGUUGGAUUGUGGCCUUAAACUUCAUAAUUCUCUGCAUUUUACAUUUCUCACCACUUAUUUAAAAUCAUAGUUGCUGCAGUUAUAAUUUAUGAAUAGUGUGAAGCCUAAACCAAGUAUCAUAGCAGAUGCAUUAAAGCUUGAUAGGGUUUUUCUGUCUGUUGGCAGACACUAAAGAUUUAAAGAAGCCAUAUUUUUCUACUUUCAGUAUAUUUACCUAGGUGAAUAAUAUAUUGUUAAAACCAUUGGGAAUUGAAUAUAUUGUUUCUCUCAUGGGGAACAUUUAGCCCUCCAGAUAUUGAUUGAUUGAUUGAUUGGCUGGUUGAUUGAUUAAGUUUAUUUAUAUGCCACCUUUCCACAGUGACAUGUGCCCAAAGUGGCUUAUGACAAACACUCAAAAUAAAAGCACUGGGGGAGGGGAGGGAAGUCAAUAACAUAGCAAUAAAUUCAAAUAAGGCAAAAAUAAACAAUUUAGAAAACAUAAAAUAAAUUCAGUGUUACAAAAGAAAUAAUCUAGACAUAAGUACAAAGAAGAAAGCCAACAGAGCUCCAUAUAUGCAUCUUGUUACACUCCAAGGAGCCUCAACAGCUGGCUUAAAUCUACUUCAGAGGGAAGGGAGUCAUCUCACCAGGCCAGAUGACGUACAGCUGGCCCCCUCUACUCUCCUCCACAGGAGACCAACAGCAGCAAAACAGAAAUGCUUUCUAGGGCUUUGAGGAAGAUAGAUAAACCUGUUGCUCAGCUACAGUUUUUAUCAGCCCUAGUAAGCAUGGCCAAUAGCCAGGGAUGAUGAAGGGGUUGUAGUUCAGUAAUGGCCAAAGAUUUCCCACCCCUGCAUAAAUGUAUACUUUCAGAUCCACCAAUGCUAUAGUGUAACUUGAAAAAUUAUGAAACAAGGUUUUCCUAUCUUCUAAUGCAUUUUGAUUUCAUGCAUAUUAUUACUCUGUAUUUGUAAAUCCAGCACGUUAGACAGGAAAGGAAUCUAAGUGCAGCCUGCAUAAUCUCUGAAACUAUUAUACGAAUUUCUCCUUUAACUCUCUUCAUCGUGCAUGUUCUUGGAUUACACAGGAAUUUUAGUGAUUAGGAUUGUGGCAUAUGUAGAGUAAUAUUUUUUCAAUAGCCUUGUCUCCAUGAGUAACAAGUAUCUUUAGAACAAACAGGCUUUUUAUUCACUCCUACCUUUCUGAAGAUGUCUAAAAGGGACAAGUACAAAAUCCAAAAACACCCCAGAGAUAGUAUAGCAUAUUUUUUUUAUGUGCACAAGUCUCCAACUGUACAUGUAUUAAUUCAAAUAAAGCUUCAAAUAAAAAGUCUGGGGGAAAUUAUGAAAAAAUAAAACCUAUAAAAUUUA